AUGGAUUCGAAGCGAAUCUUGAAGGAGCUGAAUGAUUUGCAGAAAGACCCUCCUACUUCUUGCAGUGCUGGACCCGUUGGUGAGGACAUGUUUCACUGGCAAGCAACAAUAAUGGGCCCACAAGAUAGUCCUUAUGUAGGAGAGGUGUUUAGUCACGAUUCAUUUCCCCCCUGCUUACCCAUUCAAACCUCCAAAGGUAAAGUUCAGGACUAA